GGAGGGGAAACUCGGGAGGGCUGAUACUGGGAGGAACUGGGGAUCGCGAAACCGAACCGGCACCGCGACGGGGCCGACUCCAGCAGCCGCGAUGGAGCCGGUCUUUGAAGCGGAGUUGCGGGUAACGAGUUACCGGUGUCUUAACUGAUGCCCCUGAGGCUCCAGCCCUUAGGGCGUCGCGGGGGAUGCGGAGGGGAGCUCUGCGGCCCUCCCUGUCUCCUGCACGCCGCUGCUGCUGGAAGGGAGAUAUCCAGAUUGUUACAAAAGGAUGCAGAGCAGGAAUCCCAAAUGAGAGCUGAAAUUCAGAACAUGAAGCAAGAACUCUCAACCAUUAGUAUGAUGGAUGAGUUUGCUAGAUAUGCCCGUCUGGAAAGAAAGAUUAACAAAAUGACCGACAAGCUUAAAACUCAUGUGAAAGCACGAACUGCCCAAUUAGCCAAAAUAAAGUGGGUUAUAAAUAUUGUAUUCUACAUCUUACAAGCUGCCUUGAUGAUCUCUCUGAUUUGGAAGUACUAUUCUGAGCCGGUUACGGUGCUUCCAAGCAAAUGGCUUGCUCCGCUGGAGCGCUUGGUAGCCUUUCCUACCGGGGUGGCAGGUGGUGUUGGAAUUACAUGUUGGCUUGUGGUUUGUAAUAAAGUUGUAGCUAUCAUGCUACACCCUUUCAGCUGAAGGAAUCCCAGUAAUCCACAGAGUCCUCAACUACAUUUUCAUUAUUGCUGUUUUAAAUGAAUUAAAAAAAAAAACAAAAACAAAAAGAAGGAACGGUUGUCUUUCAUGAGACUAGGUCUGA